GUGUCUUGUCGUGCGUUGAGUUUACGACUUUGUUUUGUAAAAUAAUUAACGUAUUUACAUGCUUAUUUAAAGAGAAUAUUAUAAAUAUGACACCUUUAUACAGUGCUUUGAUUUUCGCUUGUACUUUGCCAGCAGUUUUCAGCGUAAGAUGUUAUCAAUGUGCGUCGUCGCAGAAUUUGCAAGAAGAUACUUGCGGUGCUUAUAAAUCGUUCGACAGAAACAGUCAUAUAGCAGUGGACUGCUACAGCGAAGAAACGAAUAUACAGGGAGCGUUCUGCAUGAAACUGACUCAGCAGGGACCUAAAGGGUUUAUUUGGGACGGCAGAUGGCGUCAAGUGAUCCGCCGCUGUGCCUCUGUAGCAGACACCGGAGUGACAACAGUGUGUAACUGGGGGGUAUACGAGAAUGGUGUCUACUGGGAGGAGUGUUACUGCGCUUCAGAUGAAUGUAACGGUUCUUCAUUCAUUAGCUCUUCUGUUGCACUGACUUUGGGUACCAUAGUUUUAGUGUACUUGCACAAAGUUUUAUUGUGAUGUAGUUAAGUUGCAGUUUCAAAGUUAACAUGACUGAAAAUGGGUUUGAGCUUUCCAUGCCAAGAUUUUAAAACCACAAAUAGAAUGAUUACAAACAAUAAUUUUGUUAACAUUGAGUACUUAUCUCUCUCUUUAAUCUAUCUAAAGUCUAUCUUUAAU